AGAGCCCUCUACAGGGACGUCAUGCAGGAGAACUAUGAGACGGUGACCUCGCUGGGAUUUCCCAUUCCCAAACCUGAGCUGAUCGCCCAGCUGGAACAAGGGGAAGAACCGUGGGUGCCCGAUCUCCAGGCCUGCGAGGAAAGAAGGAUUGUGAAAUGCGCCCACACAGCAGGAGCUGAGCGAGGGGGUGAGACCAAGGAGGGAAAUCAUCAUGAGGAAGUGUCCAGGGAUGUAGAACCACAGGGGACUUCUGUGGAAAGAACUAAAGGGAAUUUUUCCCAGUGCUGGGAGCAGGGAGAAGCCUGGGGAAAUUGGCACAGGUCAGAGAAGCUUGUGGGAAACCACCCAAGGAAGAAAGUGGAUGAAUCUAUUAAUGGUGGGGGAGAAGACAAGGAUCCCAGAGCGCACCAGACAAAUCACAAGGAAGAGACACCCUGGCACUGUCUGCAGUAUGGGAAAGGAUUCAUUGUGAGAUCACAGCUUGUUACACAUGAGACAAUCCAUACUGAAGAGAAACCCCUUCAAUGCUUGGACUGUGGCGAAAGCUUCACUAACCACUUAGAUCUUAAUAACCAUGGGAGAAGCUACACUGGAGAGAAGCCCAUUCAAUGCCUCGAGUGUGGGAAAUGUUUCAGUUCUAAGUCAGCACUAAUUUCACAUCAAGAAAGCCACACAGAAGAGAGACCCCAUAAGUGCUUAGACUGUGGGAAAAGUUUCAUACAAAGGUCAAACCUUCUUAAGCAUCAGGCAAUCCAUAGAGGAGAGAGACCUCACAAGUGCUUGGAGUGUGGGAAAAGUUUCAAGCGAAGGUCACACCUUCUUAAACAUCAGGCAGUCCACACAGGAGAGAGACCCCAUAAGUGCUUGGAUUGUGGGAAAAGUUUCAAGCAGAGGUCUCACCUUCUUAGACAUCAGGGAAUCCACACAGGAGAGGGACCUCACAAGUGCUUAGACUGUGGGAAAAGUUUCAUACACAGGUCCAACCUUUUUAGUCAUCAGGUAAUCCAUACAGAACAGAGCCCUCAUAAGUGUUUGAACUGUGGGAAAAGUUUCAAGCGAAGAUCAGACCUUGUUAAUCAUCAGGCAAUCCACACAGGAGAGAGACCCCAUAAAUGCUUGGAUUGUGGGAAAAGUUUCAUACGGAGAUCAGACCUUGUUAAUCAUCAGGUAAUCCACAGAGGAGAGAGACCCCAUAAGUGCUUGGACUGUGGGAAAAGUUUCAUACGUAGGUCAAACCUUGUUAAUCAUCAGGCAAUCCACACAGGAGAGAGACCCCAUAACUGCUUCGACUGUGGGAAAAAAUGUAUAACCAAGUCAGCGCUUCUUAAACAUCUGGCAAUCCACACAGGAGAGAGACCCCAUAAGUGCUUGGACUGUGGGAAUAGUUUCAAGCAGAGAUCAGACCUUGUUUAUCAUCAGGGGAUGCACACAGGAGAGAGACCCCACAAGUGCUUGGAAUGUGGGAAAAGUUUCAUACGGAGGUCAAAGCUUGUUAAUCAUCAGGCAAUCCACACAGGAAAGAGAUCCCACAAAUGCUUGGACUGUGGAAAAAGUUUCAUACACAAGUCAAGCCUUGUUAAUCAUCAGGCAAUCCAUACAGGAGAGAAACCCCAUAAGUGCUUGGACUGUGGGAAAAGUUUCCUACAGAGGUCAUACCUUCUUAAACAUCAGGUAGUCCACUCAGGAGAGAAACCCCAUAAGUGCUUGUACUGUGGGAAAAGUUUCAUACAGAGGUCAGACCUUGUUAAACAUCAGGCAAUCCAUACAGGAGAGAGACCCCAUAAGUGCUUGGAUUGUGGGAAAAGUUUCAUACGGAGGUCAGACGUUGUUGAACAUCAGGCAAUCCACACAGGAGAGAGACCCUAUAAGUGCCUGGACUGUGGGAAAAGUUUCAAACGGAGGUCAGACCUUGUUAAACAUCAGGCAGUCCACACAGGAGAGAGACCCCAUAAGUGCUUGGACUGUGGGAAAAGUUUCAAACGGAGGUCAGACCUUGUCGACCAUCAGGCAGUCCACACAGGAGAGAGACCUCAUAAGUGCUUGGACUGUGGGAAAAAUUUCACACGGAGAUCAGUCCUGGUUAAACAUCAGAGAAUCCAUACAGGAGAGAGACCCCACAAGUGCUUGGACUGUGGGAAAAGUUUCAGAGAGAGAUCACACCUCAUUAAACAUGGACGAAUCCACACAGAAUCUAAACUUCUGUGACACGUGACAAGAAAGGGUUAAACAGAUUGUAUUUAAUUGACUCAGGCCUGGUCUACACUAGACUGUUAUUUCGGAAUUAGAUGAGUUAAUUAAAAAAGAAAAAAGAUUCCGUUCACAUGACCAUACUGUUUUUUUCGAUUUAA